CAGAAGAACCCAGGGGUGGAAGCCCACCUGUGAUCAAUUCCCCAGCCAGAGAUUUGGCUGCAUCAGAGACCCCAGUGUCGAUCUCCUGCUUCCCCAUCACCAUGGAAGCUUCUCUUGCCGUCUGCAUCCUCGCUGCUCUCCUGGCGACGGGGGCCUGUCUGCAGUGUGAGGUUUGUACUGGAGUUGGAAACAACUGCACGGGCAGCAUGCAGACCUGCGACCCUGGACAAGACUCUUGCGGCAUCUUUCUCACUGAAGUCAUAGUGGCGGGAAUGAAGACCCAAACUAUUCUCAAGGGCUGUGUGACAUCCAGCCAAUGUAAAGCCGGUCCCGUCUCUAUGAAUUUUGGGAAUGAAGUGACAUCAAGCACGAGCAUCGCCUGCUGCGUGGGAGAUGCCUGCAAAACAGUCAAUGUUACACUGCCCCCGGCUGACACCAAACCCAAUGGCCGGAGCUGCCCUGGCUGCUACGCUUUGUCCACAGAGCAAUGCCAUGAAGAGACCGUCAAGUGUACAGGCGCCGAGACCAGAUGUCUUGACGCCGUUGGGACUGUAACGAUUGGUGGAAGCCCAAUGCAGAUGGUCAUGAAGGGCUGCGUUUCCGAGUCCAUGUGCCUCCCCUUAAAAGUGGGCUCGUCAGCCUUCGCAGAGAUCCGUUCGAAUCUAACCACAGACAAAUGCACAGUGGCCUCCGGCACGGCGGGCGUGGCUCCAGGAGCAACCGGGCUUUUCCUCCCAGCCCUCGCUGGGCUCCUCCUGUUGAAACUACUCUCCUGAAUCCCCACCCAGUGC